GAACGACACGUUGAUUGCUUAUUCUUUGCUUCUUUAAUAGAUCGAUGGAGCUACGUAUGAGGUUUUGUUUUCUAUUGCUGAACUGUCUGCACUAACGUGCACUUAUUCUCUUCUUCUCUCCCUUUCACUAACUCCUAGAUGUAUAUCUAUUUCUUUUUAUGUUCCUUGAGUGUACACUAGUUCAGUGAUAAAAAACAGACCUAUGAUUUGUCUAAUGGAUCUCUAAUAGGUAUAUGUUGGUACAUGUGGAUAGUUAAAGUUUACAAAAAGCCAUUUUAGAAAUAGUUUACUAAAAAAGUCAACUAAGGCCCAGUUCCACAACUUGCUUUAAACGGAGUUUAAAGCUAAACCGAUGGUUAAAAGCAAUAGUAUAUGCGCAUAUACCAUACAACUUUGCUAUUGAACAUUUUCUCCUAAAUGCAUUCUAACUGAAGAUAUUAGGGGGGUCCGAUACUUUUCGAUGACUCUGUAUAUGGAAAACCAUACUGCGUUUGCCACAGGCAAAUUAUUAAGAGCAAGAGGAAAGCCAGUUCACGAUUUACAAUGGCAGCAAUUAACUGAACAGUUAAAUAGCUUAGACGGCCCAUCAAAAGGUAUAGAAGGUUGGAGAAAACUCUGGUGCAUCUGUGAUAGGUGUCAUCAGCCAAGGUUCCAAACCGUAACCUGCAUCGCCUAUAAUCAAAUUAACAUUUUUAUAUACAUUAUUAGAAUGUCUCCAUAUAAAGCUGUCAUGGACACUUCCAGGAAAUCUAGCAUUGACGUUUAAGAUUUCCAAAUCAUGUGACGCUAUCUUAUUAUAAAUAAAACAAUGAGUCUACUUACUACCUGUACAUUAAUUGAAUGGAAACCUUUUAUGGUUUAUAUAUGAUUCCUCGUGAUGUUUUGGUCCCACAAUAGCGACAUGAGUGCAAUCUAUGCAACCUAUUAC